AUGAUUCACUAUGAAGCAGUGAACUCGCCUUUCUACAAUCCAGAACUCACACUUGAAGAUCGUGUGAGAAUAAUGAAUGAGAGAUCAGAGACUCGCAUUUCACAUCUUAUAACUGAUCUGGAAAAAGAUGGCAAUAAAUUUCAGAUUUACCCAGCAUAUACCUCUCAGUUUCUUGUUCCAUUAAAGAUUGAAUCACCAGCUCCAUUAUACCGCUAUGCAGAAUCUUCAUCAUAUGUUGAAGAUGUGUAUUGUGGGACAUCUGUUUGUGAUCUUAUGAUUCUUAAAGGCAAAUGUGGUGUCUCGACGAGGAGAUGUGAGUAUACUUAUUCUUAUGCAACAGGUAGGACUAGGGGACAUCUUGCGUCUGAAGUUGUGGCAUUUGAGUUAAGCAAUGGAACAGAAGUGAUUUUCAAGCGUCUUAUUUUUGGAUGUUCAUCAAUAUUUUCUCAAGGUGCAGAUAAGGUUAGUGGAGUUCUUGGGCUUGGACAACGAGCUGGCAAAUACUACAUAACUUUAGAAAAGAUCAGUGUAGGGGACAAGUUUCUUGACAUUGAUCCAAUCAUAUUCAAGAGGAUCGAUCACCAAGGUGGAAUGAUUGUUGAUAGUGGGGCCACUUCGAGCUAUUUGCCUGAGAUAGCUUACAAGAAACUGAAGGAAGAAAUUAAAUCUGUGAUUGGUACGACGUUAGAAGAAUUUAUAAGCAACAGGCCAAACGAGCUUUGUUACUAUGGAAUUGUCACUCGGGAUCUUAAAGGACUUCCAACUUAG